CUGUACUGACUUUGUUGUCUAUUCAGUUUAUUCAGUUUAUUGUCGUCUCCCCAAACACCCAACACCUUUUUGGAAUACACACUAGAACAAGUUCAUCCCAUUCCACCAUAGUGUCAUGUCAAGCCAUCGAAGCCAAUGGCAAUGCCAUAAAAUGCAACAGCAAAUCAAACAAAUCACAUAAAAUCAAUAAGUGUAAAUCAAAAAUCUCAAAAUGGCCAAUAAUGCAAGGCAAAAUAAUUGUUCAGACAAUCGAUCCAAUCAAUUGAAUGAUAUAGUUCUUAGACAAUUCUAUGAUACAUCACAAAUGGUUCAAGCUCAUUCACCACAGCAGCAAUCAUAUUCGUUUGUGGCCCAGCAGCAUUUGCCGCAGUAUUAUGAACCAACACAACCUCAAAUGGGGGUAAAUAAUAUGUAUAAUUAUAAUAUGACUCCCAUGUUGGAUCAGGGAUCGAUACCGUCUUGGUAUUUAUCUUAUCAGCAACAACAAAUACAGCAUCCCUACACCACCUACAACUAUUGUUAUGGUGACCAGCAACCAUCGCAGCAGCAACAUCAUAAUCAAACUGUAGCCGAUGGAUCGAAUAGAAUGCAAUUUGUUCCCGAAAUUGGAGGAAUGAUAUCACGACCAUUUUAUCAAUCCAUAAGUGGAGCCAUUGAACAGCAGCCCACAGCGGUGAUCUAUCGACAACAAUCCCGGCAAGGAAGCCAAAUGAACAGAGCCCAAAUGCCGACAAAAGCUUCACGUUCCAGAGCCGGAGGACGAGAGCGCUGCCCCAUACAUGAUAAUCCACAGAUGUAUUUGAAACCCUUUCCACUAGAUUGCUCUACAAACCUCAGUCGCAGCUUCAGUGCCAAUAGCUUUAGGGACAAUAGAGGAUCUCGUAUUCGUGACUCUCAACAGGAUAUGGAAGAGUAUCGACGCAUUGCCGCACGUAACUUACGGAAAUCUAGGAAAAACAAGACUAUCAAAAUGAAAAAUUUCGAUGAUAAUGCAUCGAUCCAAUCAAAUAUGAGUAGCGGAGCUGCUGUCCGUUUUCUUAAACGACUUGGAAUGCUCUUGAAGUUGCGUUCAAAUAAAGGUAGUCUCUUCUCAUUGUUGGGUAAACGAACCAAAACCCAACCGAAAUAUCCAAGUUCAGAAUCUAGACGAAUAAAACAGAGAUUCUUUAAAAGCCUUUUUGAUGAAGUUGAAAGCGAUAAUUUGCAUGCAAGACAGAAAUCCCUGGCCAAUAAACACUAUCCCACCGAUCCGGCAUUAAUUUCACUGCAGGAACGUGAAGAUCGAGAAGCUGAACAUUUUAAAAAGUUGCGUGACAAGGCCAAAAAAGAAAAACAGAAAUAUUACCACUAAAAAUAGUUAAACCCAAUCAUCGAAAAUUUUUACAAAUAAAUCAAAGACGAUAAACGUGA